UUCACCAGGAUGAAAUAAUUUCCUGAUUUGAAAUAGCAAAGUUUUUUUUGUUGAAUUAAUCGCCAUCUGUCAGACUUAAAAUACUGGAACUUUAAACCUGCGUGAGUGCACGUCGCUUGCAGAUGAUGAGGAUUCAGCUUCCACUGUGGAUAACCGUCCAUACAGCGCCUGCCUGUGUGCAGGCUGCACCGGCUGCACGCCCAAAUCACUCUCGACUAGGAACGGGGAGGCAGAGCAGCUGGUCUUCGACAUGGCUAAAGAAGGAGCAGACAUGACAGAGGAAACCGAGUACAUGAUAGACAAAAAUGUGAAGAAAGAAAUAGACAACGUGGAGACGUCUGGCAAUGCCAAAGAAAUGCGAGCGGUGAUAUUGUCAGGUUUUGGGGGUCUUAACAAACUCAGGGUGACCAAGAAGGCAAUGCCCGAGCCUCAGGAUGGUGAAGUGAAGAUCCGCGUGAAAACAUGUGGCUUGAAUUUCCUGGACCUGAUGGUACGUCAGGGGACUAUCGAUAAUCCCCCCAAACCCCCUCUUGUCCCUGGAUUUGAGUGCUCUGGAAUAGUAGAGUCAGUGGGUGAAAACACAAAGGGAUUUGAGAUAGGCGACAGAGUCAUGGCUUUUGUGAAUUACAACGCCUGGGCGGAGGUGGUUUGUGCACCCGUGGAUUUUGUCUACAAGAUGCCAGAUGAAAUGACGUUCGCUGAAGCAGCAGCCUUCUCCCUGAACUUUGUGGCUGCUUAUAUGAUGCUCUUUGAGGUUGCCAAUCUGCGAGAAGGGAUGUCAGUGUUGGUCCACUCAGUAGGAGGUGGUGUAGGUCAAGCUGUGGCUCAGCUCUGCUCCACCGUGCCUAAUGUCACUGUGUUUGGGAUCGCUUCGUGUUUCAAACACGCAGCCAUUAGAGACUCCGUGGCUCACCUCUUUGACAGAAAUGUUGACUACAUCCAAGAAGUCAAAAAGAUUUCUCCAGAGGGAGUGGACAUUGUGCUUGACUGCCUGUGUGGGGAGAACACAGGCAAAGGCCUGAGUUUGCUGAAGCCGCUGGGAACUUACAUCCUGUAUGGCGCGUCAAACAUGGUAACUGGGGAAACAAAGAGUUUCUUCAGCUUUGCAAAAUCUUGGUGGCAGGUGGAGAAGGUGAACCCUAUUAAGCUAUACGAAGAGAACAAAGUCAUAGCUGGAUUUUCGCUCCUCAACCUGCUCUUCAAACAAGGGAGAUGUGGCCUCGUGAAAUCAGUGAUGGACAAACUCCUGUGUUUGUAUGAAGAGAAGAAGAUCAAGCCUGUAGUGGACUCCCUCUGGGCGCUGGAGGAGGUAAAAGAGGCGAUGCAGAGAAUUCAUGACAGAGGCAACAUAGGAAAACUCAUUCUGGAUGUUGAGAAGUCUCCCACCCCUCUGAUGGCCAGCGACAGCACGGAGACCAGUGAAGCAGGAGAGGAAGAAGAGGAGCCCGAGGGAGACAACGACAGCAAGGAGCGAAUGCCUUUUAUCCAUUAGACCCGACAAAAUCCCACUGCAGCACACCUAGAGACACUGGAGAGGCAGCACAGUUUCACCAGAGCAACACAACCCCAGUCGUGUGUGUUUGUGUGCAUGUGCUGUAUGCAUGAAUGUAUGUAUGUGCAGUAUACUUUAGUGCCUCUUGUCCGUUUCCUAUUAUGUGUCAAUUGAUUAGUCUAAGCAAAGGAUAGGAUGCCACAAUGUGCAAGAGCCAUUUUCAACACAGUGUUACAUUAUAUGCUGUACUAUGAAGUAAUUACCUGCUAGCCAAUAAUAUGAAUAGGUUUGUGUUCACUUUAUAGUUAACUGCAUCUGCCCACAGUUUAUUAAAUUAACAGCAAACCACAUAAGCAUUUAAACCUGCCGACCUGCUAUUCUCGUUUUAUGAUUAGCACCCCAUGAAAUAGAUUAAGUAAAGCGCCUAAGUGUCAAAUAGUAACAAGGAAACAUUUCUAAAUAUUUCACAGCACAGGGGAAAAAAGAAGUAUUUUUCUGUGCUCGGCUGUGAGAAUUAAAAGCGAACAGCUGAAAUAGGUUUGAGAAAGUGACCCCAGUGUUCUAAUUGUUCCGAUCAAGGGAGUGCAUCCCUUUGUUGUGUUAACUAAUAUGUAAGCCAGGAGAGGCAGAAAAGACUGAGUGUAGAUAUUUGCAUGACAUUUUAUGCUAAUGUGCCAACCUUAUAUUAUGGGAUCACUAGUGCCUUUGAGCUACAAACAAGUGUAAAAUGCUUGAAAUGUAUUCCUUAUGUGCAGUUCACAUUGAACAAACAAACAAAAAGUUAUUUUUAGGUGGAAAAUGAAGUGUAAUCUGUUUAAAAAAAAAAAACAUCAUUGGAUCAUUUAAUAAGAGGGAUUUGGACUUAUUUUUCCCACUGAACUGUAUAUUCAGAAUUUACAUAAUGUGUAACACCACGAUUGUAACAUUUAUUGUUUCCGAUCAGAAAACCGUGAACAGAUUUGUAAACACUUGAGUAGAACAGGACAAAUUUCAAUUUAUACCUGCGUCAAAAUCCUGGUUUUUCUUGAGCAUUAAGUAGUUAGUCGGACUCAGACUGCAGUUUAAGGUAUUUAGAGUCUCUAGCUUGCCUGUCUGACCAAAGUUGUUUACUUGCUGGUGCCUCACAACAAAAGUGCCGUAAAACUCCAUAACUGACGACGUAUUUUUACAGUGAGCUCGUGUAUGAGGCUGAUUUAGGAACACUGUGCAGCGCUUUAGUUAAGUAUGGCAAGCUCUGCCUUUACUCUGCAAGUACACCCACCUACUCAGACGAUUUUAUUUUUGAAACUUGUGAGAAUCUGCUACACUAUUUCAAUUUCUCUAAUUACGCUACCUUGCUUACUCGGUGUGUUUGUAUCGGCUAGCUGUCUGAAUCCUUCAUCAUUUUAGGCUCAUCUACAAAAACAACACAGGAUGUCAGUGUUUUGUAAUUGAAAAAAGUAGAAACUAGUCAAUGUGUAGCUUAAAAGUUAUGAGUAAACACUGCAUGCUUUGAAUGUGAUAAACAGUGAAGAGAAGAUGUUCAAUGGGUUUACUAAAGUGAUCAGAUAAAUUAUAUCCUAGACUUGAAAUUUAGGGCGUUAUUUAGACAAUUUGGGGAAGAAAAUCUAAAAUUCGAUGCCUUCAAUGUCCCUGUUAGUGUCUGUGUGCGUGAGAGAGACAGUUGUAUGUGUAUUCAUAUUGCCUCGUUUAAAAAAAACAAAAGAAAGAAAUGUGUACAACUUGUUCAGCACUGUAGUGUGUUCACAAAAUUCCUCAAACUAUGGUUUACCUGUGAUAUAUUUUUGUCACAUUUUUGUUGUGUACUUUCUUUGAGCACUGCUCUGUUUACUUGAAUAAAUUUAUCUGCAAAGCAUUUCUUGCGAUUUUGA